AUGAGAGAGAAAUCUGAGAGUGUAUUGGUGACACGUGUUUACAAAAUGAGCAAAUUCAAGAAUAUUAAAUUAAACUUUUUAAGUGGAGUUCCAGUGAAAGACAUUGAUUUUAAAGAUAUAUUGACAAAUUUAGAUUGGGAAGAUCAAGAAACUUUAAUUAGAGCAACAAUCUUACAUGAGAGAAAUGUUAAAUAUCCAUUAAGAAAUGACUACCAAAAAAUAUUUAUUAAGCACAUAAUCCAGCAAUUAGAAUCAAAUGAAGUAUCUGAUAUUCACGAUAAAUUUUACGAGAUUCUUGCCGAGAAAAUAAGCGAAUGUGAUUCUGAGUUUUCUUAUAAACAUUUUAAUGUUGUUGAAAACGAAUUUAUCAGUAUAAAGGAGUCUAAUAGUUUUAUCAGAGAUGGCACUACUGGUCUGAAGUUAUGGCCUGCUGCGGUGACGUUAAGCAACUAUAUUUUCAACAAUCCUGAUAUCUUUAAUGACAAAUCAAUCCUUGAAAUCGGUUCUGGUUGUUCUGGAUUAGUAGGACUAGCUCUCCUGAAAUCCAGCAGAUGUAAACAAGUGUUUUUAUCUGAUUGCCAUGACACAGUUGUCAACAAAUUAAUAGAAAAUAUAAAUUUAAAUCUUGAGGGGUAUAAUAUUGAAAAUCUAGAGUCAUCAUUACUGAUUAGACAGCAUUCGUACGUAAACAACUCUUGUGAAAUGGGAAUUCUAAAUCUUGCGUGGGAGGAUAUCAUUGAAAAUCAAAAAGAGCUUAUGAGAAAAUGUAAAAUUAAUAUGAUCCUCGCUGCAGAUAUCGUCUAUGACUCUUCAAUUUUUAAAGCACUUGUGAGCUGCUUAAAAGUCCUCUUCAACCUUUAUUGCGAUUCAUCUCUGCAAUUUGUUUUAUCUCAAACAAUAAGAAAUCAGGAGACUUUUAAUGAAUUUUGUAAGCUUUUGAAGGUGAACUCAUUUGAUGUAACUGAAAUAUCAAUUGAUAAUCUUGAGAGGAAGAUUCCAUUCGCAAAUGAACCAUUGAAUGAUGUGAAGAUGUAUAGAAUAUGCCAAAAUAAAUGACAAACUUGGUUCAAGUGAUCUCCUGUCUAGAGUUAAAAUUAUUGGCUUUAUUGUUGUUCCAGAAUUUUAUUUUUGGACAGAGUUCUCGACCGAGUGGCUCAGCUGAGUUGUG